UGCCGAUGGAAUCGGGUGCAGCGUCAGUCGCCAGGGCCUCCGUCAAGUCGGACAAACGGCGGCAUUAUGUGGAACAGACGUCGAUUGAUGAGCGCGCCGUCCAGGUGCAUUCGGGGAGAUUUGUCUCUUCCGGGAACUCCGUGUCUCCAAAACACGCCAACAAUGCCGUUGCUGAUUCCUCAGCGUCCUUGGGUUGCAGCCUCAUCUAUUCCGCUGACGCCUGCGUUCAACAGAGUGACACUACAAUAGACAUGACGCAGUCAGACAUUGUUCUAACAUCAAAUCGGCAGAUCAGCGAUUCGGGUGGAGCCGUCUCCUGUCCCCAAAACGUCCUUCCCGACUCACCCAGCGCUGUGAGUCAGCCUGGGUCUUCUGCGCUCUCGUUCUCCAUUCCAUCGACCACGGUUAAGGUCUCGAAAGGCCGGAUAUUGAGCAGGUGUGUACUAAUUAUUAUGUCUUAUCCCCAUAUUGACAUAUUUUUGGACAAUUUACCAUGCUGA